UCAGGACUUAACUACAGGCUUGUCAUCAUAGGGUUUUUGGCUGGCAGGUUUGCGAGAGGAGCAAAAAACACCUUCCAUCCAGCUGCAAUUGCAUUGAGGUCCUAGAGAGCAGUCUGAGGCAUGUCCCUUGUUCUCUACUCCAGUGUAGUUGCAAGUCUUGUGAAGGUAAAGACACUGGUAUUAAUAGCAAAAAUGCCACUAGCAUUUAGCUUGUCCCCUCCUCAGCCAGGCAGGGCUGUUCUCUGUGGCUGCUUGGGAGUCUGCAGUGUCCUGGAGGUAGCUCUUGAUGGUGACUGGUUCCUAGUGCCACGGGCUUUGCUCCUGCACUCCUUAAUUUUCCUAUUUCUCUGCAAACAGUCUGCUGCAGUGCAGGGGAAGCAAGGAGGCUGUACCUAUCUGGUUUCAGGUAGGUGGCCUCAUUUGUUUAGCCUGUUAUCUCUGGGACAGAUGGUAACUUCUUAAUUUUGUUACCAAGGGACAAAGUAGGUGUGGGAUGGAGCCCUGCUCCUCCCCUUACCCCAGGGGCUGCUUUGGGUCUUGGUACCAGCUGAAGCAGGAGGCCGAACACAGGCCCUGUGCACUGUGGCAUAACCACCUCGGGGAGUGCAAGCGCCAGCAUUUACGCAAGCUUGUGUGAAAUGCUGAAAGGCUUGGCUGUUCCCCAUGGCUGCAGGGGGAUGGGGAAGUCUGCUCAGGUUGGCUUACGGCUCCAAGGCAACGAGGCAGGGGCACUGCCUUGGCCCUGGUUGAAGAGGACCUUUGAGCUGCUGGCUGCAUGCCCCGAGGGGUGAGGGAGCCUGCCCCCUGAAAAAGGCAAGGCAGCGACUCCCCUUAUGCACAUCCCUCCUUGGAAAAGGACUCGGGGCAGGUGGUAGUGAGUGAUGCUUUUUCCCAAAAGAGAGAAGGGGCUGGGGGUAGAACAGCUGGUACUUGGCCCUUUUCUGUGCCCCUGGCCUGGCUGGCCUCCAUCCUCUUCCUGUGCCUGCCACCUCCCUCUCCUUGUUUCUGCCUGGUUUAGUUGCUCCCUGCAAAUUAGUCACGAGUGCUGCUUGUUUUUAGUGCUGUCCAUUAAUCUUUAAAUGUCCUUUUCUUUGUGCCCAUCUUAUCUUCCCCUCGACAGGGCAGUGGGGAGAGCGUGAGACUUCCCAGCACCUGGCUGGCCUCCAGGUGGCUGGAGCUGCUGUGACCUGCAGGCUGCCUCUGCCAGGCUGUUGCCGUCAAUCCCCAAAAACGGUGUGGUCUCUAGGCUGUCGAUGGUUGACCUGGUCGUGUCCCCACCCGAGCCAGGCCAAGGCCAUGCUGCUGGCUGGCGCACAGCAUCUGCGCUAGGGCAGCUGCGGCCCUCAGCCCUGGUGAGAGGCUCCAAGCGCCUGCGGUGCAGCUUUGGUCCCCCCCGGGAGCUCCCGCAGAGGGUUGCCCUUGCACGCAGGGCAUUGCCGGGCUGGCGCUGACCCAGCGCUGCCAGCGUGGCAAUGAAUGGCCUUUUCUUCCCCUCUGCUCCCUCAGAGAGAGUUCCUGCAUCCGUGUAGGCUGAGAAAUAAUGUUAUCGGGGCAGGUCUCGGCGGGCACGGCCCACUCCAACCAGCCCGUAUUGUAUUUUCUUGGCUUUGGGAUUGCCUGUGCAUGGCGGGAGGCCAUGGCUUGGAGCCGAGUGUUAUGCAGGGGUUGUGGGGAGCAGAGGGCUCUCACUGCUGCUGGGCAUGGGGCUUGCAAAGCCCCUGCGCCCCCUGCGAAGCUGCAGCUGGCAGAGCGGGGCAGCGGCGCUCCCCUGGGGUCAAGGGUGUCACCUGGGCAUCAUGCUCCCUGUCCCCAGGGGGAACCUGGGCAGGUCUCUGCUGGCCCAGAGAGCUCCUGGUUGUGGUGGUCUCGGUGUGCUGUGCCAGGCUGCUCAGCCACAGGUCUGUGGGGACAGCCGGAGCCCAGCAGCGGGUGCUGGGACCCAGGCGGUGGUGGUGGGGAAGGCUCCCUGACCUCCCGUCCCUGCAGGAAGGGGACAUGGAGAUCCACCAGACCCAAGGAGGUGCUUGGUGGGGCUCGCUGGGCCGAUGCCCUGGUGCCUGUAGGGGCGCUGGCCGGGUCUCAAGGGGCUUUGGCAGAGAGGGGAAGCUGGAAGACUAGGGCUCUUCCCGGCACAGUAAACUGCAUUUCCCAGCCUGGAGUUGUGCAAUCGCUGGGCACUACCAGGGAGGAGCCCAUGUGAGCUGAGCUCAGUGUUUCCGCUGCCCUGGGAGGUGGAGAUCCUACCCUCUCCCUUAGCUGUUUCCAUUAACUACGCGCUAAAAAUUAGUUUUCCUGGAAUUUCCAGCCUUGUCCCAGCUGGUGGUGGUUUGCAAUCCGCAACACUCCUGUGAGCUUCAAAACAACCUAUGUGUACCUCCAUGAGCUCUGCAGCGGAGGUGGGGGCGAAGAGGGCCGUCCAGCGACGGCACCCGCAGGACUGGUAACCAGCACAGCCUCCCUGGCCCUGUGCUAGCAGCCAGUGCAGCAGAGGCGCCUGCAGCUCCCACCGGGCAAAAGCAAGGCUGGAGGAGUGCGGCGGACCCCGGGUUUUCCUCUAACCUGAUGCAUCUGUUACCUAAGCUGAAACACCUCCCUCUCCAGGAGUUUCUGAAGGUGGCAGGAGUCUGAGUGACAGCCUUUUAGCUCCACUAUUUCAUCCCUCUUUUCUUUACGAGACACACAGUUUACUUUACAUCAGUCACCAAAACACAGUUACAUUCUGAUCCAGCAGGCAAAGAACAAACACUGUUGUCAAAACCAUCGCCUUUCCUUAACACCCUCUGUUUUACUGCAGAGACCCCCAGCAUAGUUCCUUAACCCUUCGUGACAGCUUGCACAGAAAGUUUCUUUCAAAGGUUGGGAUGCUCAGUCUCGUUACUCUAUCACUGGAUAUUCCUACUGUUUUCUUUUUAGCUUAUAGCACAUGUCAUGUAAAAUCGUGCAUUAUAGGGUUAACUUUUGGAAGUGUGUAUGGAUGCUUCUAUAUAUUGGGAUGACGAUUAGUCUUUAUUUACAAGGCAAAUAGUUGUCCUCUAACAUUUAUCUAUACUACCUUUCUUCAAAGUUAAGCUGGGAUGGAGUUAAUUAUGUUUGAUUUUUCCUGAUCCGUUUCUCAAAUGCUCAUAUAUACAUGCUUAUGCCCCAGGUCUUUCAGCUUUUAACUACUUCAGCCCCCAGUCGAAAGCUUCUCCCCUGGCGUUCCGCUCCCCCUUGCUCCAUCCCCGCUCUGCGCGUGCUCAUACAUGUGCUGCAGAGACCGUCGCGGGGCUGAAGGGCUGGGAGCCACUCCUGUGGCUAACCUUGGGAGCAUCACCUGGGCAUGCAAGCGCUAAGGGCCUCCGCCGGUGGCUGCCUUGUUUUGUUUUUGCUUCCCCUUUGCGAGAGCUCCAGCCGAGACCGCUGGAGGAACGGGCUCCUCUGAAGGCUGCUCUGAUCCUUGCACCCACAAGACGUGCCGCUAGGCUAAAGGUUUUUAAGCGUGCAACAUAAAAUGAUUGCAGGCGGAUACCAUCGACGGUGUUUGUGCCAUGCUGAAAUACACCUACAGCUGCGAACGAGCCACGCGUUCGGUCGCAGCCCUGCGCCCGCUCGGGCAACCUCCGAGCUUCACCCAGGCCCCUCUGCGUGCUCACCGGCAGCCUCGACGGCUGCAUUUGAGCCAGGGCAGCGCGCGGUGCCUCCCGGCAGCAAACCUGCUCGCGCGCGCGCCAGCCACCAUGGCCAAAGUAAACAAGGCGGCUGCAGUGAGAAAACAUACCUUGACGUAAAUUCCUAAAACAGAGAAAGGCAAAUAUCCGCGUGGGAAUUCCCCCUCGGCGCGAGCUUGCCGCCAGCAGUGGGGGCCACGCAGAGCAGAGCUCCUGCAGCCCAGAAGGGGCGGCGAGAUGUGGCGGCUCUCGCAGAGGGGCCGGGAGCCAGAAAGCUGUUGAGAAAUGUGCCACGGAGCCGAAGCCCCAGCGGGACGUUGGAGCAGAGUUGGCUGCCCCAAAGCAGAGAAAAGCACAGCAUGAAGCUGCGGGGGACUUGGGGGGCUCUGGAGGAGCUUAAUGCUUGGAGAAAAAGGAAGCGUUUAGGUAAGUGGGAGCAGAAAUACAAUGUUUUAAAAGCCCAGGUAGCGAUGAGCAGUGCGAGGGAAUGGGUUUUACUACCAGAGAGAUGCUGGGGCUCGGGAUUAGAUUAAAAGGCACCUAAAAACCGAAAAGCACUUCUGAGCUAUUAUAAGAAGUUUGCUCUUUCCAUUUUAAGAAAAAUAAUGUUUUCUGAUAAACAGGUCUAAAUGAGCCCUUGGCAUGAUGACGAGGGAAUUAAACCUAUUUUUAAGAGGCCACCUUGAAAACUGUUAAGGAAUGGGUAAGAAAAUCGAGUGUGAACCAAGUCACCUCAGCCUGUCUGGCUAGCAACCAGUACAACAUAAGGUCAAUUUUAUAAAUACCGAAUUGAAGUUAUUUAAAAAUCCCUGUGUAAACAUGGUUUGUUGUCGGCGUUAAAAUCCGACGCGCAAGAUAUUUGGGGAAUGUUUGUUUUUUUGCAAACAAAAUAGCUCUCCACCAAUAAAAGUCAGCUUGUCAGGAGCGUAACAAGCCCUGAUUUCAAACCAGGGCAAGCGAAGAGACUGGGCGGUUUGUCGGCAGCUCGGCGGCCAACCGCAGGCACCGCUGCUCGCGUGGGGCCGACCGCGGGAAUGUGGGCAGGAGGGGGGGAAAUAGAGCCGAGCCCUGCAGGAAAGGGCCUCCUGGCCCAUCAGCUGGGGCUGCUCGGGGCGUUAGGCACGUGAGAGGGCCAGAGGCCUCCUUUCCGCCCGGCCUUGGCGAGGAGCUGGCGCCAAGCCCUCAGAGAGGCCCGGCUGCCUGUUUGACGGGGUGGUGCCCGCUCGGCCUGUGGAAAAGCUCCCGGCUGGCGGGGACCCAAGCAGGGGCGUCUCCUCGCCUCCCGGCUGGCUGCAGAAAGCACCCCGCGGGGUGCUCAUCCAGCCGAAAAUAUGCUCUCUGCCACAGGCGUUGCCCCGCCUGCAGAGCUGGGGCUGGGGAGCCCCCAGCUCUGCGGGAGCCGCAGGCACUGCGCGGCUGGAGCAACGAGGGACGCGAGGUCCCGUGCCAUGCCAGGGCUGCCUCUUCCCCUGCCGGGCACUGGGCUGGGACGGGCAUGUGCACGAGGUCCGGGCGGGCGGAGGGCAGCCGUGCGCCCCCCACGCGGCGGUGGCUGUACAGCCCAGAGGGGCUCGAGCCACCUCGUGAGCCAGCGGCACUGGGGAAACCAUGGGAGGCAGAAAAGGCAGCCUGUGGUAGCCCCAUCCCCCUGCCCGGGCGCUCAGCACCCUCCAGCGUGGCAGUCCCAGCACCCCGAGAGCGAUGCCCACCUCCCCAGCGCGGCCCAAGAGCUCUGGCCCCGGCCCAACAGCCGCUCUUCUCUGGGAAUCGGGGUCUAAGACUUUAAGCAGGCACCACUUUGGUCCGUAGUGGAGCCACCAUGAGCCACACGGCAGAGCGAGAGCCUGCGCGCUGCCAGCGGUAUGCCCUGCUCCCGGGUUGCUGGGCUGGCCCCUGCCCUGGGGGCACACGAGCAAGGAGCAGCUGGCUCCACACAAGCUGCUGGAAACAUCUGCAUGCAAUCGCCCUGUCCUAUCGCUAAGAACCACAGCUUUGGAAACACCCAGGUUAUACAAUGCCUGGGCAGAGCUGGCACCGGGAGCCCCUGCAGCAAUAAAAAGGAGGGGGAGCCGGCACCCGGACAGAGCCCUGCGAGGAGCACGUCCUGGGCAUCAGCCAGCACCUCCCAGCCGCAGAGACCAUGCAGGUGGCUGCCGUCCUCCUGCUGCUCGCCCUGGCGCUGGUGACUCCCAGCUCCUCUGCUGAGCGGAAGUGUGUCCUGACAGGCUUUUGGAUCAAUGACCUGGGCUCCAAUAUGACCAUCAAUUCUGUGAAUGAAGCAGGAGAGUUCUCCGGCACGUACCACACGGCCGUGACAAUCGGCAAUGGCGAAAUCAAGAUUUCGCCGCUGCAGGGAUUCCAGCACCGUGAGAACAACAGCAACCAGCCCACCUUCGGUUUCACUGUCAACUGGAGUUUCUCAGACUCCGUCGCCGUCUUCGUGGGCCAGUGCUUCGUGGACAAGCACGGGGAGGAAAUUUUGAAGACCGUGUGGCUCCUGCGAGAGCAGGUCGGCAGCCUCGGCGACGACUGGGAAGCCACCAGAGUCGGCGUCAACGUCUUCGUCCGCCGGGCGCCGCGCAGGGAGUGA